UAUAAAGGAAGGUUUUAUCGUCUCCGCAGAGAAACCCUAGGGACACUGGAAGCCGCGGUGGUGUCUGAGCUAAACUCUCCAGCAGGUUUUAGCUUUGCUUAGGUAGGAUUUCGUCGACCGGAAAUGGCUCCAGCUAAAGCUGACACUACGAAAAAGGCCGACCCUAAGGCCCAGGCAUUGAAGGCCGCCAAGGCUGUCAAAUCAGGUGCAGCAACCUUCAAAAAGAAGGUUAAGAAGAUCAGGACAUCCGUCACAUUUCAUCGCCCAAGGACAUUGAAGAAGGAAAGAAAUCCAAAGUAUCCAAGAAUCAGUGCACCCCCAAGGAAUAAGUUGGAUCAUUAUCAAAUUCUGAAGUAUCCACUUACUACUGAAUCUGCAAUGAAGAAGAUUGAGGACAACAACACGCUAGUCUUCAUUGUUGACAUUCGUGCUGACAAGAAAAAGAUCAAAGAUGCCGUCAAGAAGAUGUAUGACAUUCAGACCAAGAAAGUCAACACUUUGAUCAGGCCUGAUGGGACUAAGAAGGCAUAUGUUAGGUUGACACCGGAUUACGAUGCUUUGGAUGUUGCAAACAAGAUUGGAAUUAUCUAAGCUAGAAAAUGCCAGAUGUUUUGUCAGAGUGGAAUAUUUCAGUCUGUAGCUUCCAUAGAUUUGUUGGGAGUUUUGAGUUGGAUUGCAGUAUACUCCUUGCUAAUUUUCCCUCCAAUAGAUGUGCACUUUGAAUUGAGUUGUUUCAA